AUGGCUCACCCUUUUGUCUCCAACUCAAGCAUUCUCUAUCGUUCAUUCGCUCAUCAACCUGAAAGAGUCGUUUCUGCCUCAGGAGUAUCUCUGUUUCUCGAGUCUGGCCGUGAAAUUCUUGAUGCUUCAGCUGGACCAGCCGUAUCAUGUCUUGGCUUUGGACGCCCUGAGAUUGCUGAAGUGGUGGCGAACCAGAUGAACCUGCUCCCUUAUCUCUACUCUGGCGCACGUUUCACUUGCGAUGUAACCGAGAAACUUGCGUCGAUGCUUCUGCAGGGGCAACUUGGUGGCCUAUCCAAGGCCAUAUUCGUCAACUCUGGAAGCGAAGCCACUGAUGCUGCUAUCAAGCUGGCAACACAAUACUGGCACGAGCGAGGAAUGCCCCAGAAGCGCCAUGUUAUCGCAAGAAAACAGAGCUAUCAUGGCAACACGAUUGGAGCACUCUGCGUCUCUGGCCACCAAUCUCGAAGGGCCAUGUAUCGUCACUGGCUCUCUCAUAAUGUCAGCUUCGUUGAUCCUUGCUUCGCUUAUAGGCUGAAGGGAAACGAAUCCGACGAAAAUUAUAUCCUUCGUGUUGGACCGGAGAACGUUUCUGCAUUUGUGGCUGAGACUGUCAGUGGAACUAUUCUAGGUUGCCUUCCUGCUGUACCGGGAUACUUCAAAGCUGUUCGAGAGAUUUGUGACAAACAUGAUAUUCUCUUGAUCCUAGAUGAAAUUAUGUGUGGUAUGGGAAAAACCGGAACUAUGCAUGCUUGGGAGCAGGAGGGUAUUUUAGGGCCUGAUAUUCAGAUGAUAGGCAAAGCUCUCGUUGGAGGGUUUGUUCCCCUAUCUGGCGUGUUGCUUCGAAACAAGAUUUUCGAAGCCCUCGCAGACGGAUCUGGUGGAUUGGCCCAUGGCCACACAUUCCAGGCUCAUCCAGUGGCUUGCGCUGCAGCUCUAGAGGUUCAACGCAUCAUUCGGGAUGAAGAUAUUCUCACCAACGUCCAAGAAAUGGGUAAAGUCUUGGAGAGGCUCCUGAAAACACAUCUUGGCCCCUUGGAAUUUGUUGGCGAUAUCCGUGGGCGUGGUCUUUUUUGGGCUGUUGAGUUCGUCCAAGAUCGUUGCACCAAAACACCAUUCCCGGCCAAUAUGAGACUGUGUCACCAGAUCGUAGACAAGGCGCUUGGUCUGGGCUUGAACAUAUUGGGAAACCUGGGUGAGACUGGGGAUAUUCAUGUUGAUCAUGUCAUAAUGUCUCCCCCAUAUGUGGUGACUGAGUCUGAAUUGGGGAGGAUGCUCACUGAAGCUCCUGGUUGGAAUCGGAUCAAUAUUUUGAGCCCAAUGAACGAAUCACUUAGAUCCCCACCUUCGGUUUCAACUCGGAGAGGUGGCUAUCCUCGACAGAAGCAGAAGCAGGGAUGUCCAACAUGUCGUCAACGUCACUGCUUGCGUCUCAACCUAGUUUGCAAGCGUGAGCCACCACGUUCAGUACUACUGUCCCCAUUGGCGGCAACUGGAGGUUCUCAAGUGACCGAGACAAGAGUUGUGAGAACUCCGAGCAUAGACCAGCAAAGCAAAGAGGUCACGCAACUAUGCCAACCUCUUGGCUUAUCGCUGGACCCUGGUGACUCCAACUCGGGAAAUCUUGUGGGAAGCAGACGAGUGAUGCUGCGUUACUACACGGUUACACUUGCGUUUCUACUGACCACGAAUCUAGAAAAAAACUGUUUCCUCUCUGCAAUACGUGACGAAAAGUUCAGAGCGGAGUCACUAAGGCACCAUGGACAUGCUUUGGCCCAGCUUCAGAAGUCAAUGCAACAGAGUGAACUGUCAACUGAGAUGUGCCUGGCUGUGACUAUGGUCCUCUGUUCCAUGGAGUCAAUAUCUGAGGCUACUGAUGCCUGGUAUCCUCACUUGACAGGCGCAGCUGCUGAAUUGGCUUGGCAACCUGAGAAUUCACUCUCGGUGGUAGAUCCGAAGCAAGCUGUCCAGGCUACCUUUGAGGGGAGGUGGCUUCUCCGCAAUUUCGCCUAUCACGAUAUCAUGAUGAGUGUCUCGAUGGAUUGCCGUCCAUUAAUAAGGGGCUUCUACUGGGCCUCAGAGGAUGACACACUUGCAGAUCCCUAUUUUGGAUUUGCGUCGCGGAUACUCUAUCUCAUCUCCGAGACUAGCAUUCUGAACGCUGACUUCGCCGAAGCCAAAUCGGCAUCGCAGACCCGUGGUUAUAGUUUUGCUGAACGUUCACAAAAGAUAGAAAGUGAACUCCAGAGUUGGGUUUGUCCUUCAGGUCAAGAUGAUUCACCUCUAGCCUUACUCGGUGAAGCCUAUCGCAACGCGGCACUCAUUCAUCUUUACCGAACCCUUGCUCGUUACAUUAACAGCUAUUCUGAUAUCUUGAAGACGAAGCUGAAGACUUGUGUAGAGUCGAUAUGUAAGCUUAGCAGAAAAGUGUCAGAAGGUUGUCUCGUGGAAUGCACCCUGCUUUUCCCGCCGUUCAUGGCGGGAGGAGAAGCCCACGAGACAAGUGAGAUAGAAAGCAUUAGAGAGAAGCUUUGCGAGAUGAUUAAGUGGCGAAAAUUCCGAAACGUUGAAGCUUGUCUUGACGUCCUUGAUGAAGUAUGGCGGCGAAGAAUGGAUGGAUCAAGGAGGGAAGACCAAGGUAAGGUGGACUGGCUAGAUGUGGUGAAGCAACGGGGCUGGAAGCUUUCCAUUUCGUAA